CAUCCAAGAUGGCGACCUCAUCGGCUACAUUUCCAUCUCUUCUUCCCCGAGUUGCGGACAAUCUUUGGUUCACGCUGGAAAAGAAAUCAGAUGAUGACGCUGUAUUAGCUAAAGAAGAGGAAGAAUACGCUGCUUCGCUAAAAAGGAUUGCAGAUAAGGGCUUUGAUAUUCCUCCAAUUGGUACCACUAAAACCAAAGACAGGCAGGAGAGACUUGAUGAAGAUGAUGAUGAGAUUGAGGAUGAUGAUGAUUCAGCAGAAGAAAUUGAGGAUGAGACUGAUGAAUAUGAAAGUCCAGAUGCUGAGUCUGUUGAGGGAGAGGUUGAGAUGGAAUCAAGUGUAAUUUAAGUGUUCCUUUCAUGUGCGAUUGUAGUCAAGAUGUUUCCCACUAUGAUGUUGUAUGCCCUAGAAAACUUUCAUUAAAAUUAGUUUUGGAAAGAGAAUGGCUCUUAAUCAUGUUGUGCAACAGAAAGCUCUUUUGUAUGCAGUGAAACGUGUGCUAGACAGUUUUAGCUGGUUGUAACUGAUUGUUGCAGCAAGUCAACCUCUGCAACAGAUCUCUUUAGUUAUCUAUAUUAUCUUCUCUUGUAGAAUACUAUUUCCAUGUUAUGGUGAAUGUAACCUUUAGGGACAGAACUUAGGCAAAAAAAAGUGCUCACAUCCAUUUAAUUGUACAUAUGGAAAAAAAAAAGGGCUUAUACUCUCAGCAUCAUUGAAAGUUAACUAUCCCAAGAAACAGAGCUCAAUCAGAGUUAACCUCAAUGUUCCCUCCCAAUGCAAGCUGAAUUUCAUACCCAAUCUAAAAAUUGACAAAAAGAAUUCUAAAUCACUUUUAAUUCCUAAAAUAAUACAUACAAUGUGUUGUGUACUAAUUAUUGUCGAUUUAAGGUAUUUACAAUAAGGUGCAAGAAUAAUUAGAUUCGCAAAUUAAUGACAGUAGGUUGCAUAUGGAGUUUAUAGAAGUGAACAAAACAUUUUGUAUAU